AUGACACCCGUGUCGGUGCCGUCAUUCGGAUCACUGCCAAAUGAGCUUCUUGAUGAAAUAAUCUCCUAUCUAGCCACUUCUCCCCCUUCUGCAGCCCGAUUGCACCAGCCCCCAAGCGCCCGUAUCUCUAGAUCCGAUGAUCGUUCGCUCAAAAAUCUUGCUCGCGCUUCAUCGCAGAUACUCGAGGUUGUGCGGCCUCGGCUUUUCGCGCAUGUCUGCUUUGAUCUAGAGAAUGUCACCGAGUUUCUUUCUUUCAUUUCAACAUCGAACCUUGAUCGAUAUGUGACAUCAAUCGUGGUACAAAGUCGGCCAUCUAUGGAGCAGGCAGAGGAUCCAUUAUGGUGGCGCCGGGUGCUUGCCUGCCUAGAUCCGCUGCGUGUGACUAUCGUCGCACCACCCCCGUCUAUUGGAACGAUGCUGGGCGUUGAAAUAUUCGAGGGAGAUAGCUGGGCCUUUGACGUACCGUUGCAAAUCAUCCAACUCGAGCAGAAGCCGCAAAAUGUCGCUCUUGGGCAGUUGCCCUCUCUCGAGAAAUGUUUCAGCCUUCUCGAAACCCGAGAUUGGUCAUCCAUGGCUUUCAACGAGUCUUCUUCUAUCAAAGCGUACACUCACUACGAGUACUUCAUGUUUCAAAGCCCUUCUCUCUUCAGUACAUGGGGCUCUGUAGCAUCCCUCCGCGCUCGCGAGGCCCGAGCUGGACUAUCUGUUCGGUUUAAUAACCUGACCUCCUUCAGCUUCGUUGCGGUGUUUCCAUUCUACAACCACGUGAAACUUGUGCUCAAUGCGAUCGAAUUGAUGGUGAAUCUACGAUCGCUAAGCAUUCAGCUAGCGCCUUGCGAGGGCGACAAAGUCACAGAAAUAGAGCAAAAGGGCUCGAUGGACCCGAGCGAUCCUUGGAUGGAAAUCGCCACUGGGUACUCGCUCAUUGCACAUUCGGUGAAGGAUCUCGGUGAAAAAGAGCGCCUUGUGCGAUUCACGGCCCAUGACUAUUCUUUUGAUGCCCUUCGGCCUGAACUUUCGGCCAUACUUAGCGAGGUCUUGGAUGAUACCGAUUGGGUACAUGACGGCGACGGCACUUGGAACAGGAGAGUCACAAACUCGUCUGAAUCAGUCAAUAAGGUACCGCCAUUAGUGGACCUCUAA